AUGCCUCGUCAAUGCAAGGGUGCGGUUGUUUCUCGUCCCUUUGGUGGGCUGCCUACGGGUGCCCAAGCCCACGUUGCUCUUCCCACUAGCCUGCCUGCGUUUCGAAGCAUCUGGUCUCAUGGAGACAUCCCCGGCGGUCCUGUCCCAUCAACGCUUCAAGCCGACGUGUUCACCGGCAACCGUAGCACUAACACGUGGUCUUUCACCACCCUAAUCAUUGUCGUGGGCGCGACAACCAGUAGCGGUGCUCCGGCGUCGUCCCGGAACAGCCUUGGCCUCAAGUAUGCCAGUGAGACUAGGUUUUCACCCAUGGACUAUAUGGGUGGGAAACCAGCACGAGACCUCAGUUGA